AAGGCGCAGAUUAAGCUGCGGUCGCAAUGUUAGUAAAUGAGGCCCUCACUAUCUUAGACACACGGCAAGGACGAACGUGAAUGUAUCUGAAUCUCUUGACCAACAACUGGACAGAGGUGGGUUAGACUUAUAUAGGGGAGAGGGGAGAUGAGGGCAGCCUGAAACCGGACUUGGGGUAGCCAAUGACUGUCAGGGCAUUAGCUGUGCAUCUGCAGCCCAUGCGUCCCUAUGGAACUCUGGGAUCAACUGAUUGGCUGACCUCUCUACGGUCCCCAAGUCCCGUGAGUGGCCUGCGCAACGGGUGCACAGCUGGAUGCUGCUGGUAGAGGCAGCCUUUUGAACACAAAGCAACCUGAUUAUUACAUCCUUUACCUUAAUGAGCCGAUAUUCUCUUGUAAAUAAACACACCUGUCGCUCCCACUAGCAAACCAGUGUAUUCUUAAUGUAUUUUAGUGCACUGGGUUGGAGACCCCACCAAAUAUAAUGGCAAAAUACAUUUAUUAGAAAUAAUUAAUCAAUGACAACAGUACUAUUUGUGUUUGCAAGGACGUUUUCUUUGGCUGUAAGGAGGGUUACAGGUUGUGUAAGAUAAAUUCAGUUCAAUACGAAUUUGUGAACCAAGCACAGCACAGUUCAUGACAUGGUGUGAUUUUGUGUUUUCAUCAUUUGGCUGCUACAAAGUUACCUGUUCACAAAGGUGAAAACAAAGGCCUCCUCUCUGUCUCUGCCCUGCCCAGGAUACACAGAUGCCAGACUGGCAAAUGGCACUGUUUCCUGCUCGGGCCGAGUGGAGUUCAAGUACCUCAGCGAAUGGGGCUCAGUGUGUGAUGCAUCCUGGGAUAUGAAUACCUCCAGCGUGCUCUGCCAUCAGUUGAACUGUGGGAGAGCUGUGGCUGUCGUAGGGGCAGAGUGGUUUGGUGAGGGGAGUGGAAGCAUCUGGCCUGAUGUGUUUGUGUGUGAGGGGAAUGAAACUGGCCUCUCAGAAUGUGGAAUCUCCUGGUGGAGUCGAGCUGCAUGCUCCCAUAGACAGGAUGCUGGAGUGAUCUGCUCAGGUUCAUCCUUCCCUCUGGACAACGGGACGGUGCGCUUGUCUGGAAGGAGCCGCUGUGAGGGAGAGGUGGAGGUUCUAUUUAGCCAGAGGUGGAGGAGAGUUCUGCUGGACUCCUGGAAUAGGUCUGAGGCCUCCGUGGUGUGCAGACAGCUGGCCUGCGGUUCUGCUGAUGGGUUCUCUGGUUCUGCUGAGACGGAAGUUGAUGGGUGUGUCUCAGGGUUCCGAUGUUCUGGACAUGAGACUCAUCUGAGAAACUGUAGCACUCCUCACAUGCUAAACUGCAGUUCUAUUCUGCACGUGACCAUCGUCUGCUCAGGUGUGUACAUCUCAAAGUCUGACAGUGAUCCUGUAGCUGAACUGUCCAUCUGUCUCAGUGCCAUUAUCUGUACCAAUCAUGAAUUGUCUCAUUUAACCAUAAUCCACUCCACACAUUGAUAAUGGUGGUUCCUUAUCGCAGUUCACUGCGAUAUAACAGUAUGGUACAUGACACUAGUCAAG